CGGCGACGAGGGCGCCCCUGCGCCGGGCCGUGGGCGCGAUGAUGUCGAGCAGCCGCGGAGGCGCCUCCUGGACGGCCGGCAGGACGGGGCGGAUGGCGUGCACGCGCGGCGGCUGCGGGCCGGCGAUGCAGUGGCGCUUCGGGGUGUGCGGGAACUUCUGCUGCGAGAGCGACGGCCGGCUGGAGGUGCUCUCCUCGAGCUCGUACUCCUCCUCCUCGUCGUCGGCGAGGAACCGGGCCUCUUCGUCGGCGCUGCGCCGGCGCGCGUACUUGUCGUCGUCGGCGUCGUCGUCCUCGCUGUCCUUGAACGGCCGGUCCCUGAGCGGGAAACCAUCACCGGGGGCCCCCAUCUCUCUCCCUCUCUCUCUCUUUCUCUUUCUUUCUCCCUUCCUCUCCGAAGUUCCCAGCUUCCCCUGGCCCGUCUAUCCCACUCAGUCUCUGGUCUCUCUCUCUCUCUCUCUCUCUCUCUCUCUCUCCCUCUCUCCCUCUCUCUCUGUCCUCUCGGCUCGAUGGCUCUUGUGAUCGAGGAGGUUGGCCGGCGCUUCAGUGCAGGUAACGUGCGUGAGGGCGAGUGCGAGUGCGAGCGAGCGACGGUGAAGUCACCGACGGAAGAAGAAAAGAAACGUACGGUCCUUGGCGACGGGGGGGGAAGUCCGAGAAGAAAAGAGCGAGUGACGUGCCCGUGAGAGGUACUCAGACAUAAGACCUUGGGCACCAAUAUAAUGAAUACCGGGGUGACCUACCACCAAAACCGAGCUGGAACCCCCUUCAAGAUCCCCUUCAAGACCCCUCCAGU